AUGCUACGGGUACAGUUUAAAUGGGUUAAACUUAGACUGGUUAUUAAUAAACUUAAGCAGGUUAUUAAUAAACUUAGACUGGCUAUUAAUAAACUUGAGCAGGUUAUUAAACAACUUAGACUUGUUAUUAAUAAACUUAAGCAGGUUAUUAAACAACUUAGACUGGUUAUUNGACAAUUAGAAAAUAAUUUACAUGAACUAAAAACAGAUGAGUAAGGAAAUACAGAAAUCAAUAACUUAAGUUAAGGAUACUCAUACACAGUAUUAAUAUAUAAAUCAGGUAUAAAGAUUAUCAAUAUAUUCAUAGGAUUUAAGAAAUCAUGUUCAGUUCUUGAUCUCUAAAGAAGAGUACCUAAAACUAAAUAUAUAUUCAGGUUAACAAAGAGUAUACCUAAACAUUCAGUCCGUAUUUUAUUAGAAUGGACAUCAAAGACUCUUAAUCUUGAUUUGUACAGUGCCUUUAAAGUAGGAGAACACUCUUGUUUAACUGGAGCUCUGUCUAAAUCAUGUGGAGGAAUGUAAUUGUCAACUAUAUCUAAAAAUGAUUAACAUAUAGAAGUGCUUGAUAUCUAUCAAUUAGAACCAUAAAUCUAUACAAUAUUUGUUAAAAGAUUUUUGACUAGAAAUGAAGCUUUAGAUCUUUUAAAGAAUUCUUUGGUUAGCUAAGAAUGGAUUGAUGCAGAUCCUCAUAUCACUGUAUACUUGAGUGAAUUAAACUACCCAUUAAUUGAAUUUAGAUUACCUUAAAGUAUGAUCUUAAUUAAUUUAGAUAUCAAUCUUUAAAUGGAUAAAUUAGAUUUAACCUGGAUGGUCUUUAAAAUUGAUGGUCAAUAAUCAGAUGCUCCAUAAACUUUACAAAAGAUGGAAUCUAAAAUUGCAAAUGACGAAAUAAGGUAAAACACUGCAUCCAAUAAACCUUUCUGGCCAGAAAUUUGA